CCUUGCAAGAGAGGAGCCACAAAGUCUUUAACAACACUGGGUCAGUAUCACCGAAGCUGUAGAUACCAGAGAAAACCUCACCUGAAAGCAUAUUGAAUUUGGAAUUUACAUGCAGCGCACCACCUGCUUUCUUUUAGAUGCUUUGUCAUGUUGAAAAUCAAGAUGUUUAAGCAUGGCCAGUCUGACCACAAACUGUCCGCAGUAGCCCCAGAGAAAAAAGAUGUAGAACUGAUUCUGGUUAAAGAACAGAAUGGAGUCCAAUAUACCAGCAGCACAGUAAUAGUCCCAGAUUUAUCACCACAGUAUGAGGUCCCAGGCGAAGGACAGCAAGAAAGAGAGCAAUGGGGCAAAAAGAUAGACUUUCUCCUAUCAGUAGUUGGAUUUUCAGUUGAUCUUGCCAAUGUCUGGAGGUUUCCCUUUCUCUGCUAUAAAAAUGGUGGAGGUGCAUUUCUAAUCCCAUACACAUUGUUCCUUAUAAUUGCUGGAAUGCCUCUUUUCUACAUGGAAUUAGCUCUUGGACAAUACAACAGAGAAGGUGCAGCCACGGUAUGGAAAAUAUGCCCCCUUUUCAAAGGUGUGGGCUAUACUGUGAUAUUAAUAGCUCUCUAUGUCGGAUUCUAUUACAAUGUCAUCAUCGCUUGGUCUUUGUAUUAUCUCGUGUCUUCUUUCACAUCUGAGUUGCCCUGGAUCAAGUGUGGGAAUGAAUGGAACAGCCUCAACUGCACUGACCCAAUGCUACUCAACAUGUCCAUGAUCAGCUACAAUACGAAAUACUCUAAAUUCAAGACAACACCAGCAGCUGAGUUUUAUGAGCGUGGGGUAUUGCAUCUACAUGAAAGUAACGGAAUUCAUGACCUGGGACAGCCAAGGUGGCAACUGACUAUCUGUCUAAUUGUAGUGCUUAUAGUAUUGUUUUUCAGUUUAUGGAAAGGAGUCAAAACUUCAGGAAAGGUGGUUUGGAUAACUGCAACACUCCCAUAUGUGGUGCUGUUUGUCUUGCUUAUACGGGGAAUAACACUCCCUGGCUCUUCCAAAGGGAUCAGUGCCUACCUUCACAUAGAUAUCAAAAGACUUACUGAUGCAUCUGUGUGGAUUGAUGCUGCAACUCAGAUAUUCUACUCAUUAGGGGCAGGAUUUGGAGUACUGAUUGCAUUUGCAAGCUAUAAUAAAUUUGAUAACAACUGUUACAGGGAUGCUCUUAUGACUAGUACUAUCAACUGUGUUACCAGUUUCAUUUCGGGAUUUGCUAUCUUCUCUAUACUUGGUUAUAUGGCCCACAAACACAAUGUAAACAUUGAGGAUGUUGCAACUGAAGGAGCUGGAUUAGUCUUUAUAAUAUACCCAGAGGCAAUCUCUACCCUUGCAGGAUCGACAUUCUGGGCUGUGGUCUUUUUCAUUAUGUUAUUAACACUAGGCAUUGAUAGUGCUAUGGGAGGCAUGGAGGCUGUUAUUACUGGCCUUGCAGAUGAUAUCAGUAUCCUGAAAAGACAUCGUAAACUGUUUACCUUACUUGUGGCUUUCAUCACAUUUAUAUUUGCUCUCUUGUGUAUAACUAAUGGUGGAAUCUAUGUGCUAACUCUGCUGGAUACAUUUGCAGCUGGGACAUCUAUUUUAUUUGCUGUUUUAAUUGAAGCCAUAGGAGUAUCUUGGUUUUACGGUGUAGACAGGUUCAGUGAAGACAUUCAUAGAAUGCUUGGCUUCAGGCCUGGGCUCUACUGGAGACUCUGCUGGAAGUUUGUCAGCCCAGCAUUUCUUCUGUUUGUGGUAAUUGUGAGUAUUGUGACCUACAAGCCUUUGAUGUAUGAUGAAUACAAAUUUCCACCUUGGGCUAAUCGAACUGGAUGGGCAAUAGCGCUGUCAUCCAUGACAUUGGUGCCUAUAUACAUCAUCUAUAAAUUUCUUACAAUGCGAGGAUCAUUACGAGAGAGACUUGCUUAUUGUAUCACUCCAGAGAAUGAACAUCACCUUGUUGCUCAAGGAGACAUCAGGCAAUUUAAGCUUCGACACUGGCUGACAAUAUAAUAACAGCAUUUCAUGUGUGAAUUUAAAAGCUUUGCUGCUGUGGGAGAAGGUUAGCUUCUUUUAGGCAAUUCCAAGAAGAGGUUAACAGAUGCAUCCUGUGUACUUCACUACUUUUUAUUAAAGGAGUAGUUCACCUUAAAUUUUUAUUGUGAUUGUGUAGGCAGUGGAAUUCUUAUACAAUGUCUUUCUGGUCUUUAUUUUUUUAAUUUUUUUUUUUGUAUUUACUUAUCUUCAAUUGUUUUUAUUUUUUUAGUUAUUUAUCUUACUGCUCUGCAGUUCUUCAAUGUGGAAUUUAAAAAGCUGAUAGGUUGCUAAGGUUACUUCCCUAGCAAACAGCAUUUAAUUUAGAAGUCAGAAUUAAAAAUAACUAAAAUAUAUCCUCAAGAGGAAGAUCAGCAAUAAGAAUUACAAUAAAAAAUAUAGCCUUAAUUAAUUAAUUGUGUUUUUGGUUCAAGGGUCACUGACUCCAGCAACCAGAUGGAAUUUUAAAUUGCAAUCUAUAGUGAGGCAGAAUAGAAAGGUGACAAAUUAAAAAAAGAAAAACAUUAAGUAAAAUAUGGUUUUCAACUAAAAAAACAAGACUAGGUCAGUCUGUAACAUAUCAGCCAUUCUCCAAAUGCCAGAAAUAUUAACAGUAUUUUUUCCCAUGCAAUUGUAGUGGGGAAAAUUCUCUAGAGAAUUUACACCAUAAAGAAAUGACGGAUGUGGAAAAUUAGAAUGCAGGAGCUGAUGCAGAAUGGGAUGCAAUAGGCUCUAACUAUAGUGGUAAUUCGCUGGCCUGAACCUUGAGAAAUGUAAUUCUUGUGCUCUUGGCAAAUUGGCAAAUAUUUACAGGACAAAUUGUACUCGCCAGUGCAAAGAGAAUUUUCACCAAUUCGUAGUUAAUUUACCAAAACUUGUGGUACUCUCCUUUUAGUAAAAUGGCAAUCCUGCAGCAAAUUUUAUUUUAGGUGAAAAUACUCCAAAUUUUAACUGCUACUGUUUAGUAAAUAUGCCCCUCUAAGUGAUCAUGAAUGCACAUUACUCUGAAUCUGUGGAGAAGUUGCCCUCCACUACUUUUGAUCCAGCUGUAUUGCAUUACUGUCAUAAGGAAAUUGUAGAGAUACACAGCCAUUGUAACUAUAGAAGAUUUUUGAUAUUACCACCUAUGUGUAUGUCCAAAGAUAAAAUCAGUGAGACAAAAACUCCAUAAGAAUACUGUUUAAAGUUUCAGAGGGAAACUUUGGACAAAUGUGAAAUAGUUUUCUGUUGUUACACGUUGGUACAGCUUCCAUAUGCAUAAGGCACUUCCUCUCUUGCCAUUAGGCAAGGUGAAGAGCUUUCCUGAGGCAGCAGUGUACAGAACUCUAACAGGUGUGGGGAAAACUGCCACUUGUAACUGUCAGAAAGAAGGUAAGCAUGGAGGGGGGGUUAGUGUUUGGUCAGAUGCCUCAGGGUGCCCUGGCAUAAAGUAUACAAUUUAGCACAUUUAUCAAAGCACUCUUAGCUUUGAUCUACUGCGUCAAUGUGUUUGAACUGCAUUAAAGGAGCAGUGACACCAAAAUAUUUUAAUGUAUUAAAGUAAUUACAAUAUAGUGUACUGUUGCCCUUCAUUGGUACAACUGGUGUGU